AUGGUUCUGACUGUUGGGAAACGAAUGGACCACUCAGCUCGUUCCAAGCGAACUUCCCACGCGUACGCCGACCUGGCUCCCAGUCGACGAUGUCGAGCUCGAAAGGUCAAAUGUUCUGGCACGCAGCCAUGUGACAAGUGUCGCAAUCGACAGCAGGACUGCGUAUUUGAGGAAGAUCGGAAGAUUGUAGUCUCUGAGGAGUAUAGAAAAGUGAGCGAACUAGAAGGCUCACUGACAUCGACCCCGUCAAAGCGGCCUCGCGUCUUACAGAGUCAUGCCAGUUAUUCAGAGUCUAUCAGUUCAAAAGAAGCGCUGCAGUCGGCGUCAGAACCAGGCGGACUCGCUACGCCUGAGCAACAGGAGUUGAAUCGACAUGAUGAGCGGUUCGCCGCCAAUCCCUUGGUAUCACCAUCUACUUACGUGAAGAACAAUAGGCGUACACAACGGGCUUGGUUACUUCUCGGGCCAACCUCGACAUGGUCAUUCAGUCGUCGGGUCCUCAGCACGAUACAGACCCGUCUUAGCCCUACAUGCACCAAGUCAAUCCCUCUGGCCGUCGACGGCGAUGCAUAUCAGAUUUACUGGCGCCAGGCCAGCUCCGAAGAGGUCCCCGAUAGAAGUGGGCUCCCUUCUCGCGAUCAAGCAAUCUACAUGCUGAACACGGUCUGUUUCCAUUUCGGCCAUCUCUAUCAGCCCUUUGAUGAGGAGGACUUUACCCGUAAUUUGGACGAGUUCUAUUGUAACGCAUCCGCAAAAGUCCAGGAAUCUCGGCUGUGGUACGUGCAGUUUCUCGUCGUGCUGGCCUUCGGAGAGGCACUGUUGGCGCCUGUGCGGAGGGCAUCAAAUACCGCUUCAUGGACAAAGUACUUCUCCCGAGCGAUGUCACUGUUACCGGAUACCACAGCGCUCUGGCAGGAUCCUCUUCUAGCAAUUGAGGUUCUGGCGCUGAUUGCGCUGUACCUUCACUCGGUGGACAUGCGGGACUCGGCCUAUUGCUAUAUUGGUCAUGCCAUGCGUAUGGCCCUGGUGGAAGGUUUGCAUCGCGCUCUUCCGGUCGAGCAACUCGGUGAGAAGCGCGUCGAACGGUGUACUAAGAUCUGGUGGACGGUAUACAUUCUCGACCGCAAGUUCUCUUCGUUGAUCGGGUCGCCGACUUCGGUGAAUGAUGAGGACGUGACCACCAUCCUGUGGGACCUGAAGACCUGCUCCCAAGAGGCAGCAGCCUUGAGCCUUCAUGUCAAGAUCACGCAGGUCAUCACGCGGACUGACAUUGCCACAGCGGUGUACAGUGCAAACGGGAAGUUGGGUAAUGCCUUCCUUCAAGGAAUACGCUCCAUACUGCAUGAGAUGUCGGACCUGUCGCGGGAAUUGGAGGAGGUUUUUGCUCAUCGAUUCUCGAGUUCGGUGGAUACUCUUUCCGGCGUGACGACUCGGUUGACACUUUCAUGUCAUUCGAAGCAGUGCAUCAUCGUCACCGCUCGUCCACUCAUCCUAAGUUUGCUCUGGGAGCGACUAAGCUGCUUCGAAGAGGGCGACGUCUUCCGAAGUCUAUCUGCCCCCAUCCGAACCCUGAUCCAAGCGUGCAUCGAUUCAGCACUCCGAUCAUUGAAGAUACUAACGGCUCUGCGAGACCAGAAUCUCCUUGAAAGUUUUCUCCCUUUCGACCUUGAGAACCUGUUCUCGUCCUUCUUUAUUCUCUCCUUGAUCUCCGCCGUCUUGCCAGGCACACUGCCAGACCACAGCUACCGUGAUAUGGGCUUCAGUCUAUUGGACGAGAUGAUCGCACGUGGAAACCGAGUCGCGCAACUUCGCAGGUCGGAGAUUGAGCUUCUUGAAGAGUUGGUGCAACCACUUAUACGGCCAGAGACCACUCGCCCCGAAGAGGAUCCCGGAUCUCCUCUCAUGGAGGCACUCAACGAAAGAAACUGUGUGGCUCAACAGCGGCACCACGGAAUGGCUGCGGAUGCAGAAGGUCCCGGUCCGACUCCUGCAGUCACAGUCACAGGAGCACAGGAGGAGGACCUUCUUUUUGACUGGCGGGAUUUUGGCCUAUCUUUGAACCAUAUGCUCUCGGCAACGGAUGAGCUGAACGCGAACAGCUUGGUUCCUGGGGCAGAGAGCGAGGAGCUAUCUGCUGACUUGUGGCUAUGGGGUGAUGGCUAG